AAAAAUCCUCUCAUUAGCAAAAUCAAUCAAUAUUUCUGUAUAUAUCUGCAGCAUAUUUAUCUAUCUUUAUGUCAGUAACUUAAUUAUGGGUACGUUAUUGACAAAGCACUCUGGAUCAUGAUGAUCGGGCUGAAUACGACUUACUACGUUGCUAAGAUUUCUAAAAACAAAAUAGGAUAAAUUAUGAAUUUAUGGUAGGCCUAUUAAUUUGUAUCAAGUUAUUUGUUAAUAACUAUGCAUCCGUUCACGGUUGACACUAAAUUCUAAUAAUUAUAAUCGCAAUUUACGUAGCCUACAUCAAUCUGCUAUGCCUUCUUUUCUCAUUAAAAUAUUAGCUAGGCUACUCAUUUAAAACGAAGUAAAAUCAAUUUGCAUCAAAUUAACCUCAGCAUUUCCCGCAACGCUGGGAUUUUUCGGCAGUGUUGUGUAUGGAUGAUGACCAGGGGCGCAACUGCACAUUUGCUGAAGGUUAUGCAAGAUCAUGGUGCCCCCCCCCCCCCCCCCAAAAAAACAACAACAACAACAACAACAAAACCAAAGCAGCAAAAUGGCAGAAUCUUCUGACGAUCAAAAUCCCUUUAACUGUCCGAUCUGUCUUCAUCUUCUGAACAACCCAGUAACUACAACUUGUGGGCAUAGUUUCUGUAUGAACUGUAUUAAUGAGUGCUGGGAUCGGGAUGAUCAGAAGGGAGUUUACAGCUGCCCCCAGUGCAGGCAGACGUUCACCCAAAGACCAGCUCUGAGCAGAAGCACUCUGUUGGCUGAAGUUGUAGAGAGAAUGAAGAGAGAAGCACCAGAAGCAGAAACAACCUCUCCUGUUUUCAAUUUUGCUGUGUCUGGGGAUGUGGAGUGUGAUAUCUGCACAGAGACCAAACUAAAAGCCAUCAAGUCUUGUCUGGUGUGUUUGGCUUCUUACUGUGAAUCUCACAUCCAAACCCAUUAUACAUCUCCUGCAUUAAAGCGACACAAACUGGUCAAUGCCUCACCACAUCUACUGGAUCAGAUCUGCUCUCAACAUGAUAAACUACUGGAGCUGUAUUGUUGCAAAGAUCAGCAGCUGAUAUGUAUACAGUGUGCUUUGAUCAACCACCAGAACCAUAAAAUGACUUCAUCUGCAGAAGAAAGAAAAAAAAUACAGACACAGGGACAGUUGAAGAACAAUUUGGAUACCCUACAAAGGGAAAUGCAUCAGCGAGAAACAAAGGUACAGGAAUUAAGACAGGCCAUGAACUCUCAUAAGCUCUCUGCACAGGCAGCAGUGGAGCACAGUGAGAAGAUAUUUACUGAGCUGAUCAGCUCCAUGAAGAAAAGACGAGCUAAGAUAACAGAAAUGAUCAGAGCUCAGGAGAAGGCAGAAGUAAGCAGAGUUGAGGAACUCAUACUAACACUGGAGCAGGAGAUCAGUGACCUAAAGAAGAAACAUGAUGAACUCGGGCAGCUUUCACAGGUGGAGGAUGACAUCUAUUUCAUUCAGAAUUUUUCCUCUCUUUCCCGCUACCAAUGUUCAAAUUUGAGCAACAUCUCCAUCAGACAACAUUUGACAUUUGAGGAAAUAGAAACGGUUAUCUGUGAGAUGAAAAGUCAACUGGAUGAUCUCUGUAAACAAGACAUUGUUCGGAUAUCAGAGAAAGUUCCCACUGUCCAUAUAAUGGUGAAUGAGAAGAUCCGAGAGUGUAAGUCAACAUUUUUUUACCAUUUUAUUUUAAAACAAAAACACUCCAUACAUUCAAAUAUUCUACGUGUUUUUUGUUUAGAUUUGCCAUCUCAACCCAAGACCAGAGAAGAGUUCCUUAUGUAUUCCUCUGAACUGAAUUUGAAUAGCUCAUCAGCCUGUGAUCAGCUCUCUGUACAGAACAAAUCUGUGUCAAGGCGUGAUGUUCAGCGAAACAGAGACCCAUACAGACAUCUAUACUAUCAAACUGCACGUACAUACCAGGUGUUGUGUAAUAAGAGUCUAUCUGGGCGCUGUUAUUUUGAAGUUAAGUUUGGAGGACCAGGUUGUUCUAUUGCAUUUUCAUAUGACCAGAUUAGUAAAAGUGAAGGAACUAUUAUAUUUGGCUCCAACAACAGAUCCUGGAAAUGUAACUUUCCAGCAGCUAAUCUUUGUGUAAGGCACAAUAGCCAAGAGACUAACAUUUGCUUGGUCUCUAAAAUUGGAGUGUUUCUCGAUCAAGUUGCAGGAACCGUGUCCUUUUACAAUGUCUCUGAUAAAAUGACCCUCCUACACAGAAUCCAGACCAAAUUUUCUCAACCCCUCUACCCUGGGUUUUCAUUUGAGGAUUGGGAAAACAACUCAUCAGUGACUAUUUGUGAUCUUCCAAAGCAAAAUAAGUAAAUCUAAUCUGUUCUAACAGUGAUCGUUUGUGAAUGGACACCAAAUUCAAGGCAAGGCAUGAGAAAUCACUAUACCCCCAAUCAAUCAAUCAAUCAAUAAAUAAAAUUGGAGGGGGGAGAUGUGGGCUGUUCAAAUUAGUGAUUUUUUUUUAAUAAGAAAUUGAUAUGAAACUUGUUUGAAAACUGUCAUACUAUGGGAUGCUCUGUGUCUGUUUUUCCUGUUUCUUGAGAUCCAGUGAGUUGUUAAUUUUAUUCACUAUCUCUGCUACUCUAGAUUUCACAAUUUAAAUUUUUUUCACCAAUUCCCUUUAAAAUAGUGGAUUCAGGUUGAACUUCCAUUGUGGAUUGAAUGUAUUCUGAACAAUAAAUUUCUUUUUUUGUACAAACUGAGAAA